AUGAAAGCUGAUUAUGAAGAGCACGACGCUAUUCUGAUCGCUCGUUGCAUGAUGCAGAUCAAGGCAAAGUUUGAUACUGAUGAAGAUCUGAACUUCAUUCAACAGUAUUACAUCAAUCAAAGACUGAAGAAGUUUGGUGAUGAUGGAAAGGAUGAUGUGGAUGAGGAGUUGAGACAAAUGCUCCUGAGAGAUUGUUUCACUCCCAAAUUUGUUAAAGACAUGACCGCUUCUGAGGGAAAGAAGGCCCAAUCAGCGAUGAUGUUACUCGCGGAGAAACAAUUUGAAAAGACAAUUAAAGGUCGCCUAGUAUACCGAGGCGAUAAAACUUGUGAAUGGUUAUCGCGAGAGGACACUGCAAGUCCAACUGCUUCACAAGAAGCAAUCACCACUACCUGUGUUUUUGAUGCACACGAAGGUAGAGAUGUAAUGACGCUGGACGUACCUAACGCUUUCAUUCAAACUUAUAUGCCUGAUGCUAAGGAAGGAGAAGAUUGCGUCUACAUGAAAAUCACUGGCACGAUGGUCCAGAUAUUGAUUGCCAUGGCCCAUUAG